AUGGUGGCCCGCUCGCCCGCUCGGCAAGGAGGCGGCGACGGACGCCGCUGGCCGCGGCCAGCCGCCUGGCUGUGGCUGGCAGCGACGCUGGGCGCCGUGUGGCCGCCGCGGGGCUCGCUGGUGCAGGGCCGGCGGCUGAUCUGCUGGCAGGCGGUGCUGCAGUGUCAGGGGGAGCCCGAGUGCAGCUACGCUUACAACCAGUAUGCCGAGGCGUGCGCCCCGGUGCUCCUGCAGCUGCCGCCGGAGGGAGGCGGCGCAGACGGAACAGCGGCCGCUGCAGGCUCAGCCGUCUCCUCCAGGCGGCGGUGCCCAAGCCACUGCAUCGCGGCCCUCAUCCAGCUCAACCACACCCGGCGCGGCCCGGCGCUGGAGGACUGCGACUGCGCGCAGGACGAGAACUGCCGCGCCACUAAGCGUGCCAUCGAGCCCUGUUUGCCCCGCACUAGCAGCCCGAUGCCCGGCGGCCCCGGCGGCGGCGCUGGCGGCGGCCCCGGGGUUAUGGGCUGCACGGAAGCGCGGCGGCGUUGCGACUGGGACAGCCGUUGCAGCCAGGCGCUCAACCGCUACAUGACCUACUGCGGGAAGCUGUUUAACGGGCUGCGUUGCACGCCGGAGUGCCGCGCCGUCAUCGAGGACAUGCUGGCCGUGCCGAAGGCCGUGCUGCUCAACGACUGCGUUUGCGACGGGCUGGAGCGGCCCAUUUGCGAGUCGGUCAAGGAGAACAUGGCCCGCCUCUGCUUCGGCGCGGACAUGGGCGGCAACGGUGCCGGCAGCAGCGGAGGCUCGGACGGCGGGCUAGAGGAGUACUACGACGAGGACUACGAGGAGGAGCUGAGCCAGAAGGGGAGGGACGACGUGGAGGACAAUGCGGGCUCCGAGCCUGGGUUCCCUGUGCAGGGAAAUAACGCCGGCCGGCCUGCUGCCGCGGCUUGGGUGCUGCUGGUCUCCAUCUUGCUUCCCCUGCUGCCGCAGCUGUAG